GCCCAGUCGUUCUGCAUGACACGCCGACUCGACCACUGCCUCAAGCUUCAUGCUCGCCUUCGCUCGCUGUCGACCUCCUCUCCUCCUGAUGGGCCUCAAAUGUAUAUCCACACUAGCCUCCUUGAUCCUCCUUACUCGUGUCGAGGCGGCCCGUCACGACACUACACACUCGUCGCUGCAAAAUACGAAUAUUCAUAUGAAUAGUCUGGUGACGGCGCAACUGCUGGUACCGUGGCAGCAAGCGACGGCGAAUGACCAGCCUGUGUAUUGAUCUACGUAAUUCAAAGUUCCUUGCUUCCGGAGAGCAUAUAAACCGGCUAAUGCUCGAGGAAACGCAUCACGACUGUGUCGACCCCUCUGCGACAUCUCUGAUCUACUUCCCAACUC